CAGGGCGCUGGGAGCGCCAGUGAAUGUAGCCCCGCAGAGCCAAUGAGCUGGGACCGGAUGCGAUAUAUCCUCUGGGACAACAACUGCUCUGUUCCUCCUCAGAUCCACAUGACGCCAUUUACUGCUGCUUUUGCAGAGAGAUCACCCUACCUCCUCCGGAAAGAAAAAGAGAGAGAGGGAGAGAGCGAGCGAGCAGAAAAACGCCGAGCCCCUACAGCUCACAUCUCAAAUCUUCCUCCUCCUCCUCCACCUCCUCCAAACACACAACAACAACCACCACCACAAAUCCGCUGCGCUCCCAAAACACCCCCCCCCCCCCGAUUGCAAACCACAGAGCUGCCUGCAACACACACACGCUCGCAGAGGGAGCGAGAAAGCUAGAGGGAGAGAGGGGAGAGGAGCUUGCAGCCAGCAGCUUCUCAGCAGAACGGCUACAUUGCACAAGCUGCUUUUUUGGAGGAGCUCAGUGGAAGAAAGCGCUGGGAUUUUAUUUUAGAUCCACUUUAUUUUGCUUUCUUUGGCUUUCCCCUUCCUCUUGAUCAUUUGCAACAACAACAAAAAAAGUGACUUGGUAUUGGCGAUUCGGCCUCCUGUUCAUUGAGGAAAAAAAAGGAAAGUGUGUGUGUGUGAGAGAGAGACUGGGUGAUUUCUUUUUAGGAGCAAAGAAAACCCACCCCGAACCGGAGAGGUGUUUUUAUCAUUAUUAUUAUUAUUAUAGUAUAUACGCGCACACACGUAUUUAUAAUCGAUCCGGGGAGAGGGACCUAACUUUGCUCUGGACUUUUUUACAUGGUGAUCAUUCUUACUCUAAUUUGCAAGUUGGACUAAAGCAGAGUUUGGAAAAGAAUUUUUUUUUGCUUUAGGGCUGGAUUUAUUUGCAAACCGCAGGAAGAAGAAAAUACAAGAGAGAGAGGGGUUUGGUGCAGCGCCGCGAUCACGAUAGUUUCAGAGGAGGAAAUGUCUACUUAGGCUGUUGGUUGCAACUUUUUAUAUGGCAAAGGCUUUAAUUUGAAGAAAACAUAAGCAAUGCUUCAAGAUAAGUUUGCAAGGCCUUUUUUUUUUUUUUUUUGGGGGGGGGGCAGCAUGACAUACGCUCUGUGUCCAAAACCAGGAUUUGGCAAUAUUUAAAAUAGGUGGCUACUUUUUUUUUUUCUUUUUUUGUUAAAGAAAAAGCACUUGGGAGGGGGGAGGCAGGAGUUAAAAGGUUAAAAGUUUUCCACUGCUGUUAGAAUAAAGACAGUGUCUUGAGAUUUUCAUUGUUAAACUGUUUGGCUAUAUUUUAUUAUACUGCAAGUAUAGUAUUAUUGCUGGUAACUGAUGUGUACAGAGUAACACUAUGGUGCUCUUUCUAGGUAUAAUUGAAGACAUUGUGUGGUCCUUGUAAGAAGCUUGGUUCCUGCUUGGGUUUUAAUUGUAAAAUAUUGUUCUGGAUUUUUGUAUAGGAUUUCAGAUGUGUUCUAAGCCUGCCGGGGUGAGCACGCUUCCAGGCACUGAUGGAGACGAGAGCUCAGCACGGCAGUGGGUCGCAGGCCUUGCUACAGGCUCGGCGUGACAGUGGGAGACCGCACGGGGAGCCCGACCUGCGGGAUGUCCUGAUGCAGCAGGUUCACGUCUUGUCGCUGGACCAGAUCAGAGCCAUCCGAAACACGAAUGAGUACACGGAGGGACCUACGGUGGCUCCGCGGCCGGGGGUCAAGUCCGCUCCUCGGCUAGCGACCCAACCCAAAAAUGAAAGGCCCCAUGGCUUGCCCGAGCAUCGUCAUUUCAGCCGGAUUCAGCACACGCAGACGCACGCCUCUCCUCGGGCGCCUCUGUCCCGGUCCAUCAGCACGGUCAGCACAGGUUCGCGGAGCAGUACAAGGACAAGUACGAGCAGUAAUUCGUCCGAACAAAGACUUCUAGGAUCAUCGUCGGGGCCGGUUGCCGAUGGGAUAGUCCGAAUGCAGCCCAAGUCUGAGCUCAAGUCAAGUGAGCUGAAGCCGCUGAGCAAAGAAGACUUGGGAGCGCACAGCUACAGGUGUGAGGACUGUGGAAAGUGCAAGUGUAAGGAGUGCACUUAUCCGAGGACCCUCCCAUCGUGUUGGAUCUGUGACAAGCAGUGUCUUUGCUCAGCCCAGAACGUGGUCGAUUACGGGACUUGCGUUUGCUGCGUGAAGGGCCUCUUCUAUCACUGCUCUAACGAUGACGAGGACAACUGUGCUGACAACCCCUGCUCCUGCAGUCAGUCGCAUUGCUGCACUAGGUGGUCCGCCAUGGGUGUGGUGUCCCUCUUUCUGCCUUGCUUGUGGUGUUACCUACCAGCCAAGGGUUGCCUUAAGUUGUGCCAGGGCUGUUACGACCGGGUAAAUCGGCCUGGGUGCCGCUGUAAACGAUCCAACACCGUCUGCUGCAAAGUUCCCAGCGUCCCCCCCAGGAACUUUGAAAAGCCAACAUAGCAUCGCUAGCCAGAAGUACUAAAGUAACAAGGUUUCUUUUAACGUACAUAUGCAACCAACUAAGCAGCUAUGGUCCCGGCACUGUAGUAGAAGGGUUGGGGAUAUACUUUGCUGUUUGCAGUGAAAUGCUUUUCUCUGUGUGUGCCAUCUUAACUGAUACGUUAGUUAGAAUCCAGCUAGUGGCAUACAGAAAAAAGAAAAAAAUGGGAUGCAGUACAUUGUGACCCACAUAUUGCAUAAGCUAAAGCAACACAGACACUCCUAGGCAACUCUAUUGUUUGUGAAUAGUACUUGCAAAAUUUGUAAAUUAGCAAAUGACUCGUUUUUUCAUUGUUUUCUGCCAGAGAUAAUGUGCUAUAUUUUUGUAUAUACAAUAAUAUUUUCAACUGUGAAAAAUAAGUGGUGUCAUAAGACAUGGCACAGUCACAAAAUAUUAUACUAAUAUGUUGUACAUUCGGAAGAAUGUGAAUCAAUCAGUAUGUUUUUAGAUUGUAUUUUGUCUUACGGAAACCUUCUAUUACAAGACUCUGAUUUCCCUUUGGACUUCAUGUAUAUUGUACAGUUACAGUAAAAUUCAGCCUUUAUUUUCUAAUUUUUUCAACAUAUUGUUUAGUGUAAAGAAUAUUUAUUUGAAGUUUUAUUAUUUUAUAAAAAGAAAUAUUUAUUUUAAGAGGCAUCUUACAAAUGUCACCCCUUUUUAUGAGGACGUCAUAGUUGCUGCAAAUAAGGGGUGAACGAUGCAUAUGUUCACUAUAAAAUAGAAAAUAUAUUAACGUUUGAAAUUAAA